AUGGCGACUAGCGAAAACAGCACAAAGAUACUGCGCGACCCUGAGGUUGUCAGCUCCAGCACAGUCGCAACGAAACCGCCACAAAGCAAGCUUGCCAAAAUGGUCAAGAAGCAAUUGCACACUCAUAAAAAGCCAGCUCGAUACCAGCGUUGUGACGCCUGCGGCAUUGCCAAGACACACAGAAUGUUGCUAAACGAGGUUCCUCGCCCUGUGUUACAAAAGUCAAAUCAAGCUAUUUAUGGCCAAACCUCACCGACUACCCAUCAAGAACUCAUGCCCAUUGCUACCCGCCUGGGGGUACCAUUAGAUACCUUGCAAGAGUGGCACCAAACAGUCCACGGCUCGAGCAAUAGGACGAAAAGGAAGAAACCCAAGACCCCUGCACUUGCUCCAGAUGAGUUGGUGGCCAUUGCUACCAAAACUCCAACUCCUGCAAUGUUCAGGGACCAGAGUAGAACCGCGGUUAUGACCGAGGAUGUGUCCGUUGCCAAUAGAAAGUCGGUAUUCUCUGAGCUCGUCUCCACCGCCAGCGUCCAUGCUACAGCCGAGGCCCAUUCGGUCAGAAAUGACGUGCCUGUUUCUAGAAAAUCAAUCUAUUCCGAGGUGCUCUCAUCUACUUCAGCUGCCAGGAAUCUCCAUCAAACUGCGACAGCUGGGCCCAAGGACAGGAAGUCUCGAUGGAUUCCUCGCUUCAUGCAUUCCAUGAAAACCUAG